GGAGCCGCGCUGGAGCAGGGUUUCACUUAGGUUUAGAACACUGCUGUUUUGAUGAAGUCACCUCUGCAGGAUGCCACACAAGAUUGGCUUUGUAGUCGUUAGUUCGUCAGGACACGAAGAUGGCUUCAGCGCAAAGGAGCUGAUGGUUCAUGCACCGACGGUGAAUGGAUGGCGAUCACCAAGACUCUGUCAGUAUCCACAGGAAAUUGUUCUGCAGUUGGUGGAGAGAUGUAGAAUACGAAAACUACAGUUACUUGCUCACCAGUACAUGAUCUCAAGCAAAAUCGAGUUCUACAUCAGCGAAAACUUGCCUGAAUACUUUGCUCCUUAUCAGUCGGAGAGAUUUCACAGACUAGGUUAUGUCCCUCUCUCAGACAAUGAAAAGACUGGAUUCAAAGCACGAGAGUUAAAAUCCGUAUAUAUGGAUGCAGUUGGCCAGUACCUAAAGCUGAUUUUCCAUAAGAAUUAUGUCAAUAAAUACAACCUAUACAGUCAGGUUGCUCUAGUAGCCAUAAAUAUUAUUGGAGAUCCUGCAGACUACAGUAAUGACACCAAUAAUAGUACUUCAAGAGAGAAGCUGAUAGACCACUACUUAGGAAAUAAAUCAGAUGAUCCUGCCUUAGAUGGGACAUCCUUUGGGAAGCCUGACUUCAUUUCACCACUGGAUGAUUUGGCUUUUGACAUGUACCAGGAUCCAGAAGUUGCUCAGAUAAUACGUAGGCUAGAUGAGAAGAAGCGUGAAGCUGUCCAUCAUGAACGCUAUGAUUAUGCCAAGAAACUCAAACAAGCUAUUGCAGACUUACAAAAGGUAGGGGAACGACUUGGACGGUAUGAGGUGGAGAAACGUUAUGCUGUAGAGAAGGAGGAUUAUGAUCUUGCUAAAAAGAAGAAACAGCAAAUGGAAGAAUAUCGCCUGAAGGUAUAUCAGCAAUUGGAGCUCCAUAACCUUCUGGAUCCAGAACUGAGGGUUCGAAGACCACCUGAUUUGCCUUUGGAGCCUGUGGUUUAUGCUGAUAGUUCUCAACGCUCAAAAGCCAUAAAUUCACCUCCUCUUGAGAAAACAGAACCACAAAAAGGCGAGUCACGGAAAGCAGAGCCUUUUCUGGAAGAGAAGGCAGUAAAGCUUGCUUCUCCUGAGUCCCUUGUUCCCCACCAGUCUCCUCCUCCUGUGGCUCCUCCCACACCCUCAGGGGAAGAGUUUUCCAAAGAUAAUGCCGAUUUCUUACCUUAUGAUGAGAGACCUCUUCCAGCUAUCCGUAAACAGCCUGAGGAAGGAAUUACAUACCUGGAGCCAGAGACAACUGAAGGGGAUGUCAGCGACACUCCAAGAAGUGGUAUUACUGGAGAGCCAGAACCAUUAACAGAGAAGGCACUGAGGGAGGCCAGCCCUGCUAUUGAAGUUUUUGGAGAAGCUUUGGUUUCAGGAGCAUAUUCCAAGACGUGGUCCUAUCGAGAAGAUGCGUUACUUGCUGUAUAUAAGAAGAUGAUGGAAAUGUCAGUAAGCACUCCAAAGGAUGAUUUAAAGAACAUGCUAAGGGCUGCCAUUUUUCUUGUAAGGAGAGCCAUAAAAGACAUAGUAUCUUCAGUUUUUCAAGCUUCCCUGAAACUCUUAAAAAUGAUCAUUACACAAUAUAUACCAAAACAUAAAUUGGGAAAACUAGAAACUUCUCAUUGUGUGGAGAAAACACUUCCAAGUUUACUUUCUAGAACAGGAGACUCUUCAACUCGUCUUCGCCUUGUGGCUUCUAACUUCAUUCAGGAAAUGGCACUGUGUAAUGAAGUUAAACCUCUUCAGAUUGUUCCAGUUCAUUUGGUCCAGCCAUUAAAACCAAAUUCCCCAACACAUCUGGCAAUGAGUCAAGUGGAAUUAGUGGAACACCUCUUGAAAGAAAUGGGAACUGAGAACUCUGGGUUUACCAUUGACAACAUCAUGAAGUUUGCGACAGGUGCUUUGGAACACAGAGUGUAUGAAGUACGUGAUACAGCAUUGCGGAUUAUCUUCGACAUGUAUAGGAAGCACAAAGCUGCUAUACUGGAAUAUCUUCCUCCAGAUGAUGCAAACACUCGCAAGACUGUUCUCUAUAAAACACUCUUUGAUGGAUUUGCUAAAAUAGAUGGGAAACUGACAGAAGCUGAAAUUAGGGCACAGAAAAAGGUAGCCACAGAAGAAGCAGAGAAACAGAAGAUAGAAGAAAUAAAGGUUCUGCAAGGGCAGCUGGCAGCUCUAAAGGAGAUACAAGCAGAAGUUCAAGCUGGAAAGGAAAGAGAAUCUGAUCUUCAGAAGUCAAAGAAUCAAGAUUUUCAGGUAAAUGAAGGGCUACAGCAUGCAGCAGCAGAGAUGCUGGAUGAUCGUUCUUCUGUUUCAAAUUAUUUAGAUAACUUAUGCAUUUUUUGUGGUGAAAGGGAUGAAUCCUUUACAGAAGAAGGAUUGGAUCUCCAUUACUGGAAGCACUGUCCUAUGUUAACCAGAUGUGAGCACUGCAAACAGGUGGUCGAAAUAGCAAGCCUGACAGAGCACUUGUUGACUGAGUGUGAUAAAAAGGAUAGCUUUGGGAAAUGUCAGCGCUGUAGUGAGGCCCUUCCAAAAGACGAGUUGCCUAAACAUAUUAAGAGCAAGACUUGCAAUUCUGCCAAACCAGAAAAAGUGGCAAACCAUUGCCCGUUGUGUCAUGAGAACUUUUCCCCGGGAGAAGAGGCCUGGAAGUCUCACUUAAUGGGCAAAGAUGGCUGUAGAAUGAAUCUGCGGAGGUUACCCAUAAUAAAUAAAAAUUUUCCGGCACAAUCUGGCAAAGCAGGUGGUCUGUAUUUAAUGAAAACAGGUCCUUCAGGAGCAAAAGCUCGAUAUUCUUCUGUAGGAAGCAAGAUCCCAACCCCGAGAGGGGCCCUGAAUAAAAACACUGGCAAAACAUACUCAAAGCGAUGACAUGAACAAUAUUUUCCUUUGUCUUACUAACUAGGCCUGUAAUUGUUAAUAGCUGUCUGAAAAUUGUGGAUAACUUAUAUCACCUUUUCCACUUGCCUACUCAGAGCUGUUCACUAGCCUUGAGCAGUACUUGUUUGAGUACCCUGGUAGCUAGGUUUUAUGUUAGCUGCCUGCAGUGCUGUGAUUUUCUCGCAGAAUGUGCUUGUUAGGAACAUGCAAAUGUUUUGGGACAGAUCUAGCCUGCCACAUUCCCUGCAUGGCACAAAGAAGGCUGUGCAUUAUUCUUACUCGCUGUUUCCUCAUACUAAAAACUCCCCAGUAAAUACAAAGUUAACAAGGCCAGAAUCUGUACUUGUUGUUACAACCAGUGCAGAGGCUGUGUCACAGUUAGUGAAUUGCUCUUGGGCUGUGGUUCCAGCAGGCUGAUUUUGAGAUACAGUAAGGAAUUUCCCCAAGAUCCCAAAGCCACAGUCAUUCCUGUCUUGGCUUUCUCUUGGGGAAGAGCAAGAAAUGCAUCGAGCAGAAGUCAUACCAUUAUAUUCAGGACAAAGCUGAAAAGCAUUAGUUCUUUUGAACUAAAUCUAAAACUUGUUUGCAAAUAUACAUCCUGAAAGUUUGAGAAAUAAUACCUGUAUUACCUGACUUUAUCACCUGAUCAUGUCAAUGUAGUAACUAAAAUAUAUUGCUCAAAGUUUUCUACCAGAAAUUGACCUUACAACACUCUGAAAGUACUAGUGUCACUGGUUUUUUUUGAUUGUUUGUUUUUUAGCAUCAAGUAUUAGUGGUAGAGGAAUAGGUUGUGAGGUGGAACGAAUAUACUAGUUGACUUGUGAGAUUGCUCUUCCAUAUGUAUUUCUGCACUAUAUCAGCACAUUUACGGAGAAUUCCUUGCAGCCCCGCUUGAGGAAAAAAACACUGAAAAUUAUCAAUAUACCUGAUGAACAAAACAGGCUUGUUACCGUUGCAUGGAUUACUUUGAUGUGAUUGUGGUGUUGGUAUCUUAGCAAUACCAGCAUUUAUCUGCUAUGAUGUGCUGUUAGAAUAAGGUGAAAUGAAAAACAUUAGCUAAAAGGUUCCUUUAUAAACAUGGUGAAUAACCCCAAUUUGAUUUCUGUUACAGAGGCCACAAAACAAUAAGAAUAGUUUAAGCUUCUUGACGCCAGUAUGGUUAAACUAUGCAAGAUCUUGGUCAUCCAAAUUUAAUGUGCCCAGCAUAAUUAAAUAGUAAGAAUGUACCUGUGUCUAUAUUCACAAGUCUCUGUGAAUAUAGAUGUUUGUUUAUUCACCUUAAGGUCGUAGGCAUAAAUUAUGCUUUCAAAUAAGGUCACCUAUAAAAAAAAUAUAUAUAUAUCAGGUGAUAUGAAAGGUAUGUCUAAAUUGAUCAAAAGACCUAUAUGAUCAUGUAUAGAUAAACGAAUCAAUUAAUGGGUAAAGCAGCAGUUGCGUAAAGUACAAAUUUCCAAAUCAGUUUGCUUAGAAAGAAUAGUUAUAAUGGAGAAAUUGUAAUGUAGUUGAGAAAAGUUGUAGGGUUUGUUUAUUUUUCUACUCCAAAUCCUCUAGCAUUAAUCUUCAGUUUAUUUGCCCAGUUAGGACGUUUACAAGUAGGGCCAAGAACUGGAGAAAUUUUUCAGUUGUCUGUUUCUCAAGUUACAAGGUUUUGAGUAAAUAAGCGGAGAAAUCGUGCCAUUCUUUGCAGAACGGUUUAGUUAUUGUGUGCCAGGACCUACUAUAUUUUGAUGGUAGGUGAGAUACUAUCGGUGUGUUUACAACAGCUGCCUUUUUCUUUCAUGGUUUUGUCACGAUAAACUUUUUGCCAGCUAAAAGGGGCAAAUUUAUAGCCACUGUAAAAGCUCUCAAGUCCAUUUAUUUGUGCUGAGCUCUAACAUUGGUUCCUUCACUGGGAACGGGUACUCUUGUUUUCUCAAGCAGAUCGGUAUCCUUCGGCGCCUUGGUAGUCAGCUGAAAGCGCGAACUGACCAUGCAAGGAGAGGAGUUGGAUUAGGCCCAUUUAUAGAAUGCGUACACUAGGUUUUAAAGUUCUUAGAAGCAUUAUUUUGAACGAUAACUUUGCUCCUGUUAGUCUAAUAAAGGAGUCUGUAAUGCUAUGAGUUCUGGCACGUUAAUAGUUUUCAAUGAAAUGAAUCUUGCUCCUUAGCUUAGCCCGGGCCCUAGAGCUGGACCCAUUUAUGGCUGAGAAUUUGGUUGUGCUAUUGAAGCCUGGCCUUUACAUGUAUUUCAAGUUCAGGCUUUUAAAACUAGUAUGCAACUCCCAAAGCACUAUUUGAUGCCAAAAAUUAGCACCAAAUAAGAAGGCUGGAAGACUGUCUGGAUGUUGCCGUAUGACAUGCCUUCAUGAGAGAAACAACCUGAAACAGCUUUUCCAUGCUGCCUCUCCUACUGUGCAUGAAGUGCCUUUUUUUUUAGUCUGCAUGACAAGAGGAUUAAGCUAAACUGCAGGACUCCCCUUUGGUACCUAAUAAGAGUAUGUACCUAUGGAGUUAUCAUUAAAUUAUAACUGUUAAUUUUGAAAUAUUCCUGCAAAAGAUAACCUCUUAAAAUCUAAGCAGGGCCUUGGAAAGCUUGAAUUAGUACAUUAAAACGCCCUUUUUUUCUCCCUUAGUGUACUUCUCAGCUCAUUUCUAAACCCACCUCUGACUUUCUCUAGUUUGAUCUUGAUUGAAGUAAAGAUCCAUAGACUACAGCAUGAGUGUCUUACUAGCUUCAAAGAGAACAAACUAGAUUAAGGUACAAGGUACGAAGCCUUAUAUCUAAAGCAGCAAUCCUAACGUUUCUACCUGUAAAGUUUAGGCAAUUUCUUUCUAGGAUAGAAUUAAUUGCUCUAUAUCUAUGUGCACUACAGGUACAGGAAUAUGCAAUCGUAAUAAUACAAGGGGUUUGGGGGAUUUUUUUUGCCACCACAGAGUGAAUAUGCAGUAAUAUCUUGUAUAUACAGCACUGAUUUUUGUAUUGUACAGUUUUCAUAGUUGCUUGCAGCCUUAUGUAUACGCUUGUCAAUUUUACAGGUAGAGCAUUUAAAAACUCUUUUAUAUAAUUGUUCCUUUAAUUUUCCUUAAUAUAUAAAUAUAUACAGAAAUAUAUAUAUAUGUUUAUUACCACUUAAGUGACACAGGUUUCUAUUUUAGGACCUGAUUCCUUAUGCAAGCAAAAUAACCAUUGAUUUUGCUCAGAGAUUAGCAUGUGCAAUGGACUGCAGGCUCAUGGACUAUUGCUCAGAGCGUGUUUUCCUUUCGGAAGUAAAACUGUGAGAUUUUUCAGUGUGUAAGUUGAAUGAAAAAGCUGCUUGCAAAGAACUUGCGUGUUUUCUGGAUUGGUCAAGAUAGAGUCUUAUCUACCAAAUUAAUACACGUACUAUUGCUUUUGGAGCAUGGCUUUUAAACUCAAAGAGUAAUUAAAAUAAAGAUAAUCAGUUAAAUCCUGCACAGAGCAGGAUCUGUGCUUACUCUGCUGUAAUACUUUGGCGUCACCUUUUAAAAAAUGAUUAAGAAGAGAGUUAAGAGCUGCUGAAAUAAACCUUUUCACUGCGAA